GCCGUUCUCCCCAGAUUCCUUUCAAAAACAACAUCAAUACCCUUCUAUUUCUCCUUUUUCGUUCAAUUAUCUUCAGAAGAAUUCUAUAUACCCAAAAUAUCAAAAUGGCCGUCGAAAGAAUCAGCUCAAUUGUUAAGCAUAUGACUCCUGGUGCAUCAGGAUUGUCUGCAAUUACCUCGAAAAAUGCCGAUGAUAUCGUUAUCACACUUGCAGUUCGCACACCGUUAGCAAAGGGAUUCAAGGGAGGAUUCAAGGACACAAAGCUUGACUAUCUCAUCUACGCCCUUCUCCAGAAAGUCAGAGAAAAGUCCAACCUCGACCCAGCUCUUGUCGAAGAUAUCUGCUGUGGAAAUGUCAGCGAUGGCAAUGCCGCAUACAAACUUCGUGCCGCCGCCUUGGCAGCAGGAUUCCCAAACACAGCCGCAGCCUCCAUUGUAAACCGAUUCUGCUCCUCAGGUCUCAAGGCCACCCAAGAUAUCGCGAACCAAAUUGCUGAAGGUAGCAUUGAUAUUGGUAUUGCCAUGGGUGCAGAGAUGAUGUCGAUUGGAGGUGAUAAACUCGAUGGUGGUUUCCACCCUGAUAUUCUCAAAUGCCAAGAUGCUGCCGAUUGUAUGCAGCCUAUGGGACAAACAUCUGAGAACGUAGGAAAGGACUUCAACAUCACUCGUGAACAACAAGAUAAAUACGCGGCAGAGAGUUAUCAGCGCGCAGAGCGUGCCCAAAAGGCUGGAUGGUUCGAUGAUGAGAUCGUACCAAUUGUUGCGGAAGUCAAGGACCCAAAGACCGGAGAAGUUAAGAAGGUUACUUUGACCAAAGAUGAGGGUCCAAGAUAUGGAACUACCUUCGAGAGCUUGAACAAGAUCAGACCUGCUUUCCCAGCAUAUGGUGAUAGAUCCACUGGUGGAAACUCUAGUCAGGUUACUGACGGUGCUGCCGCUGUUAUCCUUAUGAAGCGUUCCCGUGCCAUCGAGCUCGGCCAACCAAUUCUCGCCAAAUUUGUCGGAGCCACCGUAGCAGGUCUUGCUCCACGUAUUAUGGGUAUCGGUCCAUCCGUCGCUAUCCCCAAACUUCUUACCAAAUACAACCUCACUAUUGACGAUUGUGAUGUUAUCGAGCUUAACGAAGCAUUCGCUUCCAUGGCCGUAUACUGCAAAGAUGUCCUUAAGAUUCCUCACGAGAAGAUGAACAUCAGAGGUGGUGCUAUUGCACUUGGUCAUCCAUUGGGUACGACUGGUGCUAGACAAAUUGUUACCGGAUUGAGUGAGUGCAGGAGACAGAAGAAGAAGAUUUUGUUGACUAGUAUGUGUAUUGGUACUGGACAGGGAAUGGCGGGUUUGUUUGUUAAUGAACAGUUGUAAGAUUUAUGUGCGAUGGGGUGUUGAUAUUUAAUGGUUAAGGUUUCGGUGCAUUGCAUGUAGUAUCAUUUUGUUGAAAAUAACAUCGUUUCUACUUCCAAUUUGUUUGUAUUCA